UGGAGCGGCCCUGAGGAGCAGGCGGCCAGGGGCAGCUGGGCUGGCCGAGGGCACUGCCGGGGCCUGCCCGGCCGAGCGAGGAAGGAGGCAGGAGGGGUCGGAGGCUCCGUCCUUGGGGGUCGAGGCUGCCCCUCAGCCUCUGCUUCGGACGGCUGUGUGGCGAUGGGCAAGACCCUGGGCCUCUCCUGACUCAGUUUCCUCCCCUGUAACAUGCGGAAAGGGGGGCUUCCCCACACGCAGAGUUGUGGAGAUCAAACCAAACGGGAAGUGUUCGAGAGGCCCCCGGAGUCAUCCCAGAGCAGGACCGGCAGAGCUGGAGACGCAGGGAGCUGUCAGGACGCCUAGGCCGAUGGGGAAGGAGGCCUCGGCAGGACGCGGGUGGAUGACGGGAGGCGGCCGGCAGUGAGGGAGACACGCUCCCUCCCGGCGACCAUGCGGUUUGGGACAGGACAUCCCUGAGGACACAGCUUCCCCUUCUGCCCCCCAUCACCCCGGAAGGCUGAGCAGGUCUCCCACAGCAAUGGUCCCCAUGGCCGCCUGCCGGUGGGGGGCACUGUGGGCAUGUGUGGCCGCGGCCAUCCUGCUGCACGUGGGCGGGCUGGCCUGGGGCGACUGCUGGCUGAUCGAGGGUGACAAGGGCUUCGUGUGGCUGGCCAUCUGCAGCCAGAACCAGCCACCAUACGAGGCCAUCCCGCAGCAGAUCAACAGCAGCGUGGUGGACCUGCGGCUCAAUGAGAACCGCAUUCGCAGCGUGCAGCAUGCCUCCCUCAGCCGCUUCGGCAACCUCACGUACCUCAACCUCACCAAGAACGAGAUUGGCUUCAUUGAGGAUGGCGCCUUCUCGGGCCAGUUCAACCUGCAGGUGUUGCAGCUGGGCUACAACCGGCUACGGAGCCUGACAGAGGGCGUGCUGCGUGGGCUGGGCAAGCUGGAGUACCUGUACCUGCAGGCCAAUCUUAUUGAGGUGGUUGCGCCCGGCGCCUUCUGGGAGUGCCCCGGCAUCGUCAACGUGGACCUGUCCAUGAACCGCAUCCAGCAGCUGCACAGUGCCACGUUCUCCGGGCUGCCCCGGCUGUCUGUGUGCGAGCUCUACAGCAACCCCUUCUACUGCUCCUGCGAGCUCCUGGGCUUUCUGCGCUGGCUAGCUGCCUUCACCAACACCACGCAGACCCACGACCGCAUGCAGUGCGAGUCGCCGCCGCUCUACUCCGGCUACUUCCUCCUGGGCCAGGGCCGCCAUGGCCACCGCAGCAUCCUCAGCAAGCUGCAGUCUGUGUGCACCGAUGGCUCCCAUGCGGCCGAGCCCCUCCCGGGGCCAGGCCAUCUGCAGCCGGGCCGCUCGCCACCCCCACCCCUGCCACCUGAGCCCAGUGAGGCCCCCUGCACUGAUGAUGAGUGCUUCUCUGGCGAUGGCACCACACCGCUGGUAGCCCUGCCCACGCUGGCCUCCCAGGCCGAGGCCCGUCCCCUCAUGAAGGUCAAGCAACUGACGCAGAACUCGGCUACUAUCAUGGUGCAGCUACCCAGCCCGUUCAACCGCAUGUACACACUGGAGCACUUCAACAACAGCAAGUCAUCCACUGUCUCCAGGCUGACCAAGGCCCAGGAGGAGAUCCGCCUGACCAACCUGUAUGCACUCACCAACUAUACCUACUGUGUGGUCUCCACCAGCUCCGGGCUGCACCACAACCACACUUGCCUCACCAUCUGCCUGCCCAAGCCUCCCAGCCCGCCCGGGCCCGUGCCCAGCCCCUCCACGGCCACCCACUACAUCAUGACGAUCCUGGGCUGCCUGUUCGGCAUGGUGCUGGUGCUUGGUGCCGUCUACUACUGCUUGCGCAGACGGCGGCGCCAGGAAGAGAAGCACAAGAAGGCAGCCUCGGCAGCGUCAGCCGGCAGUCUCAAGAAGACCAUCAUCGAGCUCAAGUACGGGCCCGAGUUGGAGGCGCCCAGCCUGGCCCCACUGUCCCAGGGUCCACUGCUGGGCCCUGAGGCCGCACCCCGCAUCCCAUACCUGCCGGUGGCCGCCAGCGAGAUGGAGCAGUACAAGCUGGUGGAGAGCUGCGAGACGCCCCAGGCCGGCAAGGGCAGCUACAUGGAGGUACACACGGGCGAGCAGGCAGAGCGCAGGGACUGUGAGCCAGGCCGGCCGGGCCCCAGCAGCCAAAGCUCCGUGGCUGAGAUCUCCACCAUCGCCAAGGAGGUGGACAAGGUCAACCAGAUCAUCAACAACUGCAUUGAUGCGCUCAAGUCUGAGUCCGCCUCUUUCCAGGGUGGCAAGCAGGGGGCCGUGUCGGUGGCUGAGCCACCGCUGGUGCUGCUGGCUGACCCGCUGGCAGGCAAGCACGGUUUCCUAGCGCCUGUGUACCAGGACCCCUUCGGCCAUGGCCUGCCACGGCACCACAGCGUGGAGGCAGCUGCGGGGCCCAUACAUGCCAGCACCUCAUCUGGCGGCUCUAUGCGCAGCCCGCGGGCCUUCCAUGCUGAAGCCGCCAGUAUGCACAAGGCUGCGACUGCCGAGGCCCAGUACAUCGAGAAGAGCUCACCCGCGGCCGGUGCCAUCCUCACUGUGACACCCGCGGCCACCGUGCUGCGGGCCGAGGCCGAGAAGGGCCGCCAGCACCGGCACUCGUACCCCGGAUCCCACCCCACUGCACCCUCCGUGUCCCCCGCACCCCCACCCCAGGAGGGCCCAGGCGGCCGCAAGGCAUCCAUCCUGGAGCCACUGACCCGGCCGCGACCCCGCGACCUGGCCUACGCACAGCUGUCUCCGCAGUACCAUAACCUGAGCUACUCCUCCAGCCCCGAGCACACCUGCAGGGCCCCCCAGAGCAUCUGGGGGCGUCUCGGACUGAGCCGCCGGCGGCACAAGGAAGACGAGGAGUUCAUGGCGGCUGGCCAUGCCCUGCGCAAAAAGGUGCAGUUUGCCAAAGAUGAGGAUCUGCACGACAUCCUGGACUACUGGAAGGGUGUGUCUGCCCAGCACAAAUCCUGAGCCCACCACCUGGUGCCGCCCCCGAAACUCGUGAUGCCCACUGGACCAAAAAGGACCUGAGCCACUGCAGCUGUUUGUAACCCAGAGACUUACACACACACACUCACACUCAACAGCAGCCAUCGCUGACGCCUGGGGGCCUGCAGAGAAAGUGGGGAGGAGGUGCUGACAGCAGACACAGGUGGCCGAAUGCCUGCCCGGCCCUGGUGGUCUCACAGGUGUGAGCGGCUGCCCACACUCACUGUGCGUGCACACACACACACACACACAAGGAACUUCGGAAAACUGUGUCUUAGGGGUGGGAUGGGGGAUGGGAGAUUUUUUCAUUCUCUCUCUUCGUUUGAUUCUUCUGCCUCUAUUUUCCUUUCUCUUUUCUUCCGUUUUUAAAAAUAAAUAAAUAAAAGCUCUCUUAACAAGAUAUGAAACACCAGACAUGGGGAGCACGGCCUGCAUGGCCGCCUGCUUGCAUGAUCUCCUCUGUCUGUGGUUCUCUGUGGACGUUAUUCAGUCUGUCUCUUCACUGCCACCUCCGGAGGCCACCAGAGAGGGGCAGAGCGGAUGCAGGCAUCCGGGGCUGUCCUGGAGCCCUGCAGGACUCAGGGGAGGGCUGUGCCUGUGGCCAAUGGGGUGGCCUGGAGAGGCGAGGUGGAAGUGCUCCCGCCCUGCCCCCACUGCACACGGCUGUCGUCCUAUUGUACAGAAGAAUAUUUCUAUAUUUGCAAUGUUCGCUGUAAAAUGAGAGAGAGAAAAGAACUAAGUUUACUAAAAAAAAAAAAUUCUGCAAAGGAAAAAAACCCAAAUACUUGUUUGUACUGGGUUUUUACUGUGGGAAUUAGGGAAAUAAUUGGUGGUUCUUUUAUGGCUGGUUUGGGGAUGGGGCCUGGGUUCCAGGUGGGUCACUACUGAGCUCUCUUCCCAGGGGGGCAGGCAUGACCUUGAAUGGCCACUGGCAGAGCACCUGAGAGUCAGGGGAGUCAGGGACAGCCGACAUGGGCUGUGGGCAUGAGGGGGUAUAUGGGGCCCAGGUGCUGUGCACAGGGCCAGACCUGGGAGCUGAGGGGCUGGAGCGGGCCUGAGGGCGGCCAGGGGUGGCAAGGUGAGUGUGGGUGCUGUGGGUUUGUGGGUGAGCUUCAGGGCAUGUUGGGGUGCCCCUGCAAUGGCCAGGACCCCUGGGGAUGCUGGGCUUGAGCCAGACCCCUCCAGGGGCAUCUUGUCCACCUUGGUGCAGCCCCAAAUUUAGAAUGAGCAUGUGGCUGGAGUGCAUGUGUGAAGCACUGUUCAAACUCCCCAGGGAAGAUGGCAUCCCAGCACCCAGCCCAGAGGAAGCCCCUCUGUGGCUGGCUGAGUGCUCCUGGCUCCCAGGCCCUCAUGCUGCCCUCGUGCCCCAUCAGCCCUGCACCUGCCCCCACCCCUCUGCCCCCAGGUCCUCCGUUGCCCCGAUCCCUGGCUGGGCUGGCCCUCUCCUGUCCUUCCUGGAGCCCCGUGCCCAUGCCUCCAUCUGGGGCAAGCUCAUUCCCAGCCUGCAUGUCUAGAACUGGACCCAAGGGGCAGUGGGGGCCCAGGAGGCGCCAAAGCUGGGAGCAGAGUGAGGGAAGCUCUGGGGGCUGGUGGGUGGCAGGGAUGGGCGUGGCCCCCAGGUGCGACAGCAGGGCUGGGAGGCGGUGGGGGUGGGGGGUUAGCACAGGCUCUGCUCACACCCCCACGACAGAAAGUCAGCCCUCCUCAGUAGCUGUUUCCAGUCCUGGGUGCCUCUCUGAGACAGGGAGGAAGCCUACGGGGUGGCGUGGGUGGGGCCAUCACCCUCCUGCACACGCCCACCUCACCCUGACCUCUGCUUGGCUGGCCCCAUUAAGGUCCUGGUGAGCAAGGUCUUCACAUGCACAUGACCUGGGGGGCUCAGACUGGCCCCUCGACAGCCUCUCCAGAGCAGGGCCUUCUGACGGUGCUGCAUGGCUGGCCCCUCUCUGCUUGGCCCAAGAGGCCCCAGGCUUCCCCACUCCAGGUGGCUCACCCUCCGCCAUGGGGUCCCGGGACGAUGGCUCUAGGGGGCCUGCAGAGGCUGUAAGUGGGCCCACAAGGCCAGGCCCAGGGCAGUGGGGGCAGGGAGAGGAGGCAGGGCCUGGUGUGGAGGCCCAGAGAGGGGCCUGUGUUGCCCGAGGUCGCACAGUACACAUGGUGACAGUCCUGACCCUGGGACAGAGCUGGGCCAGGCCUCUCGGCCUGCAGCUCCCUAUGUCUAAGGAGAUGAAGUUGGCUAUUGUAGGGGAUCAGAGGACACGCUCAGGGUAGAGGAGCUGCCUAACCCCAGACAGGCCAGCUCACGCUGCCACCAAGCAGGGAUGUGGAGGCAGAGGCCAGGACUGAAGAGGGCCCCAAGGAGGGAGGGUGUGGGUCCUGGGCAGCCAAGAAUGUCCAUUCCAGGAGCCCGGACCCGGGAACACUGGGGCCCUUCAGAGGCACCCUAACUGCCUGACGCCACACCAGCCUUGGGACCCAGGCCCUGCGUCCUGAGCCCUUGCUUGAAGGAGGCCAUGGUGGAGCCAACCCAAGUAGAGGAUGCAUGUACUCGGCACCUACUAUUUGCAGGGCUCUGCACUGAACAGUACUGGUGCCCAGAGAGGGGUCCCACCUGCCCCAGCCCCUGCGGGCCUCACAGGCCAGCUCAGGGUGGUGGGCCAGGAGACCCAGGGAGGGCGGCCUGCCCAAGGAGAACCUGGCAGGCUCUCUGGGAGAGAUGGUGUGUGGCCUGGAUAAGGAAACCGCGGUGAGGAGGGUGAAGUCCAAGAAGGUCUGCGUUCUGAGGGUUCAGCUGAGCUGCAAGUGCAGGACCAGGGUCUGUGUGGAGCCCUGCCUGCGGUGGGAAUUGGUGCCUGGCUUCUGUGAGGUGAGGCUCGGACCCAGGCCCCGCCGGCCUGCCCUGGCACAGCACGCGGAUGCUGACACCUGCCACUGCCAUGCACUGGGUCACCGAGAGCUCGUGGGGCCUGUGGGGCCAGAGGCCGCCUGUGCGCUGGAGGUUCUGUGCCAGUUCUGUCAGCAAGGAAUGCUGCCUAACAGCCGUGGAUGCGCUACUGCCCCCGCUGCGCUCCCCAUGUCCCCUGCCCUCCAACAAGCCAGCUCUCCUGGCGAUGGUGGAGGGUGAGCCCCUGUGGCCACACUGACUAACGGUUGAUGGCUGGAGUGAGUCACACGGCUGAGCUCAAAGUCAAGGGGUGAGAUGGGCCACCCCACCCCAGCAGCAUGUGGUGAAGGGCAUGGCCCAGGGAGGGGUGAAGAAUUAGGGCUGCAGCCUCCCUCAGGCCAGACUGCGGAGCUCAGAGCAGGAAACCCAAUACGUGUUCCUCAAGUCCGCUCAGCCACCCAGCAUGCAAUUACAGAGCACAGGUGUGCGGCAGGCAGGCCAGAGGCAUGGAUGAAACACGUCCUCCUCCCUUGAGGGGGAGUCAGUCACAGUCCCAACAGGAAAGAGGUGACUCUCCAAAUAGAGUAAUUCAAGGGGGGGGUGGCCUACAAGGCACCAUUUCCAGAUAGUGAAGGGGACCAACAGGGACAGCAACAGGCAAGCUGGGAUGAGGGGACUGUCAGAGGGCUUCCAGCAGGAUGCCACCACAGGCCCCGUCCCUGGCCCUCCCUCUCCUGCGGCCCCAGCAGGUGAAUGGCCCAGGAGGCAGAAGGCCCAGGGAUGAGGUCCCUACCAGCCCGUGGCCUGCAGAGGAUGUGCCGAGCAGCUUGCUGCCAAGGUCUGGGGCCGAGCCAGAGAGGCCUGGGGGCUAUGGGAGAGGCUGCCACUGACCGGACAAUCCGACGCAUGCUGACAAGGCGCCAGGGGAGGCCGGUGAGGUGGCCGUCACCUCCCCUGCAGAGUGGGGGACUUCAUCACUGGAGACCUUGAAGGACAAACAGGAGUUGGCAAGGCAGAGAUGGGGAGGGCAGUUGGGCAAGGGACCUCUACCCAGAGGGAAUGGCAGGACUGAGGCCCCCCAGAGCUCCUCCAGCCCGGGGAGGCAGGUGCAGCCUGGGUAUGGUGGGGCGGGCGCUGCUGGAUGCAGGGAGGUGGGCGAGCCAGGCUCUGAGGGUCCACCGAGCAAGCAUGAAGACAGCGUGGGGCUGCGGCGGCCACUGAUGGCACUUACGUGACUUGGAUUGAUUUUUUUCCCAUGGCAAAAGUAAUCCUUUCAUUACAUAAACUUUAGAAAAGUUAACCAUAGAGAAGAAAUGAGAAAUCAGUCAAUCUCACCACCGGACAAACAUGGGGGGCACUUUGGUCUCUGUCCUGCCCUGGCUCUGUAAGCAAGGCAGUGCCUCCCACACGCCCAGUCUGCUUACUCUGCGUGACAGCUCCAAGCGCUCUAGAGCCCCUAAUCCCCCCCGGUGGGUCCCACGUGUGCUACCAAGACGGAGACAUACCCUGUGCUUUAGGAUCUGGUAGCAGAGAAGACACUGAUGACGCGAGGGCAGGCGGGACGGGGGGCUGGACGGUGUUUGAGUGAGAGGAUGAGUCACGGCUGGAGGGCGGGUGGUCUUGGCCGGCACCGUGCACGGUUGCUCCCCCUGCCCGGGAGGGAGCACCAUCCACAGAAGGUCACAGGUGCUGGGGGAAGGUGGGAGCUUGCCUCUGGCCUCACCAUCUCUCCUCCUUUGCACUGCCUUUUUAUUCUACUUUCUGGGAGGUUUAUUUUUAAUUUUUAAAAUUUGAAGUAAGUAUAGGGUCACAGGAAGUCACAAAAAUAGUACAUAGAGUCCCCAGCUUCCCCAAGGGUAACUCAUAUAGCAGUAGUGUGUCCUGAAAACCAUGAGUUGUUCUGUCCAUUGGUACAAUCCUGUUAAUUAGACUACAGAGCCUAUGUGGCCGUCACCGGCUGCCACAUGCCCUCGUGUGUGUGUGUGUAUGUGUGUGUGUGUGUGUGUGUGGUCUUUGCAGAUCUAUCCCAUGUAUAUAGAUUUGUGUGAUUGCCACCACAAUCAAGGUACAGAACCAGUCUACCACCAGGAUGUCCCUCCUGCCCCCCACUCCAUCCCUGACCUCCGGCACCACUAAUCUGCUCAUCUCUGUCAUUUUGAGAAUGUUAUAUAAAUGGAAUCAUACACUGUGUAACCUUUCGAUAUUGGUUCUUUCAGUAAACACAGACCCUUGAGACCCACCCAAGUUGCUGUGUGUACCAGCAGUAUGUUCCUCUUUAUUGCUGAGUAAUUUGCCAUUGUACAGAUAAUGAGCCAUGGCUUGUUUGGCCAUUCCCCUGUGAUGGACAUGUGGGCUGUUUUCCAUUUGGGGCUACGACAAAUAAAGCUGCUAUGAAAAUCCUCAUGCAGGUUUUCGUGUGAACUCAAGUUUUCAUUUCUCCGGGAUGAGCACUUAGGAGGGCCAUUGCCGGGCUGUGUGGUAAGUGUAAGGAGCUGCCCAGGGAUGUCCCAAGAUAUGACCAUUCCACAUCCUCACUAACAUUUGGUGCUAUCACUGGUUUUUAUUUUAGUUAUCCUAAAAGUGUAUAGCA